CUCCCUCCUGCUGUUACUUUAUAUGAAAUCGCAGGUGUUUACGUUUGUUAUUUGGCGUGAAGAAACGGGGUCGUGUUCGUAAGGUUGGCAGUUUUUAAAAGCAAUCUUUAAACAAAGCCUGAUUAUGACAGUGCUUUAAUUUUGUUAAUGUGUUUUGCGCACAUCGCAUAGGUUACUUUCGAUUUCCUUGGAUUUCGUGGAAAUAGAAACCAACAUAAACGGCAAGCGCCAUGGACAAUGGAUUGUACAUGCCAGCAAAAAUACAAGAGGAUCAUUUCAACAAAAUCAAGGGCGUGUUUGCCUCUGAAAGCCCUGAAGAAAUUCCCCACCGGCUUAUGUCUCUUUUGAAGGUUUUUGACCAUUUUAAGAUAGAUAUCGCUGUGACUGGAGAGUCUGGUGCAGGAAAAUCUUCUCUUAUCAAUGCAAUCCUGGGAUUGAAUCCUGAUGACACAGGGGCUGCUCCAACUGGAGCUGUGGAAACCACACAGCAAGCAACCAUGUAUCAGCAUCCAAAUCUCCCACACAUCAGACUGUGGGAUCUUCCAGGGAUGGGCACCCCUUCCUUUGCAUCCAAGAGUUAUGUAAAGACAAUGAACUUUGACCUAUAUGACAUGUUCAUGGUUGUGAUAUCAGAGAGAGUCAGAGAAAACAACAUGCUGUUGAUUGAUGAAAUUGAGCAACGAAAGAAGCCAUUUUAUUUCAUUAGAACAAAAAUUGAUAAUGAUGUGCGUAGAAAGAAAAGCAAAUUCUCUCAAAUACGUGCAUUGGAUCAAAUGAGACAAGACUGUAAGAAAUAUCUGAAGGAGAAGAAACUGGACCCCCAUGUGUUCCUAGUGUCAUCCCAUGACACAGAAAAGUAUGAGAUGCAGAAGCUCAUGGACACUUUUAAGGAUGAGGUUUCUCAACUUAAAGCAGAGGUGUUUUCAGAUUUUCUGGACAAGAUGUUACAUGGAGGAUGGAUAAAGGCAAGGUAUGCUACGAAUCACAUCCAACAGACUGGGAAACUUGAAACAGAGGACAUCACAGCAUUGCAGGAUAUGUAUAAGCGCACAGGCUUUGGAGCUGUGAAAGUCAGUGCUGUUCUGAAGGCUUUGAGUCACUUUCAGCUAGAUGUGGCCGUUUUGGGUGAGACAGGCUCUGGAGCAUCCACUUUGGUAAAUGCCUUAAUUGGGCUGAAAAAUGAAGAGUGUAGUGCGGCUUCAGUGUCCAUCAGCAACCCCGCAAUGAGUCUGAGAUACCCAGAUGUCCGGUUCUGGGACAUAUCCGGCAUAGAGGCAGUCAUGGAUUACUCGAUGUAUGAGAUGAAACAACACCUGAAUUGUUAUGACUUCUAUAUCAUCAUUGUAUCAGACUGGCAGAAAGCACGGCAUUUAAAACUAGCCAAAGCGGUUGAAAAAUUAAGGAAGCAUUACCUCUUGGUCCAGACCAAAAUUGACUGUCAUCUACAGACUCAAAGUGACUUGUGCUGUGAUGAGACUGAGAUACUUGAUGGGCUUCGGGCACAAUAUACCCAGGAGCUUCAGACGGCAAAACUGUCUGAACAACAGAUGUUUCUCAUCAACAGUCUUGACAGAUGCACAUUUGACUUUGUAGGUUUGGAAAGUGCACUCUCCAGUGACCUCAACACUGUCAGGACAAGUGCUUUUGCAUAUUAUAUAGCAAGAACAGUAAAGAAACAUAUAUAUAAAAAAACAUAGAAAUAUCUCUAUGAAAUAUAUGAAGAAAAUGCUAGAGAGGCACCACGUUUUGCUAAGAUUGCUUUGUCCUAAUUAUUGCAAAAGAAUAGAAGAUACACCGUUGGAAAACAGACAAUUAUUUGUAGAAUUUGGUCUGCAGUAAAAAUUUGUGAACUGUUGAUCUCAAUAUACUGUUGUAAUAUAUGUUUGUAAUAACUGCAGUUUUCUAAGU